UUCUAUAAAUAUCCAGAAAAAUCUCUCCCUCGCUCCUCCAUUAUUCAAGCUCCACAGAAGAGAAGAGAACUUAGAAGAACGAAACUAGGAUGUCGACCGUUGCCAUUGAGCCUCUCUACCGAUAUUCCCCGAGAGAAAAACCUCUAUGCCACUGCAGAGCGAAGAUCCUGAAACCUUCUUCUCUGAAUUUCUCUCCCAAGCUUCUCUCCAAUGGCAUCACCAGCUUCUGCAAAUUCAAGCCCCAUCGGGCCUAUACAGUCAGAGCUAGCUCCACCGACACCGCUCUUCUUGAAACUUUUGAAUCUUCCCCUAGCUUCUUCAAGGAGACAUUUUCUCUCGCGCGAACUGAAACGGUUGAGGGAAAGAUUUUCAUAAGAUUAGAUAAGGACGAGGAUCAACAGUGUUGGCAGCUUAGCGUAGGGUGUAGUCUUCCAGGGAAAUGGAUUCUUCACUGGGGAGUUUCUUAUUUGGACGAUGUUGGCAGUGAAUGGGAUCAACCUCCUAAAGAUAUGAUACCCCCUGGUUCUAUUCCUGUAAAGGACUAUGCAAUAGAGACACCAUUAAAGAAAUCCUCAGAGGGACAAGUAUUUCAUGAAGUGAAGAUUAAUUUAGAUCCUAAAAGUUCAAUUGCAGCCUUAAACUUUGUUUUAAAGGAUGAAGAAACUGGUGCUUGGUAUCAGCAUAGGGGAAGAGAUUUUAAAGUGCCUCUUGUGGAUCAUCUUCUCAUUGAUGGCAAUGUAGUUGGAGCGAAGAGAGGCUUCAACAUAUGGCCAGGGGCUUUCCUUCCUAACAUGCUUCUCAAAGCAGAAGAAUUGCCUUCUAAAGAUCAAGAUAGCAAUAGUGAUUCCAAAGAUGCAAAACAAGAAAAUAAGCAUGUACAAGGGUUCUAUCAAGAGCAGCCUAUUACUAAGCAAGUUGUAAUUCAAAACUCAGCCACUGUUUCAGUUACAAAAUGCUUCAAGACUGCUAAGAAUCUUCUUUAUUUAGAAACUGAUCUACCUGGUGAAGUUGUUGUUCACUGGGGAGUUUGCAGAGAUGAUGCUAAGAAUUGGGAAAUUUCAGCUGGCCCAUAUCCGCCAGAAACAACUGUAUUCAAGAACAGAGCUUUACGAACGCUAUUACAGCCUAAAGAUGGUGGAGAUGGAUGUUCAGGGUUAUUUACUUUAGGCAAAGAAUUCAUUGGCUUUCUUUUUGUUCUGAAGUUAAAUGAGAACACCUGGUUGAAAUGCAAGGAAAAUGAUUUCUACAUCCCCCUCUCAAGUUCAAUCAGCUUUCCUGCUCAACCUGGACAGCGACAAUUUGAAGGUGUACCAGUAUCUGAAAAGACUGAGGAAGCAAAUCAAGAAGUUUCUCAAGUUCCAUAUACUGAUGAUAUAAUUAAUGAAAUAAGGAACUUAGUACAUGACAUUUCCUCUGAGAAGAGUCGGCAGACAAAAACAAAAGAAGCACAAGAAAGCAUUCUUCACGAAAUUGAGAAAUUGGCUGCUGAAGCCUACAGUAUAUUUAGAACCUCUAUCCCUACUUCCACAGAAGAAGCUGUUUCAGAAUCUGAACCCCAAGAGACUCCUACUAAAAUUUGUUCGGGGACAGGCACAGGGUUUGAAAUAUUGCUCCAAGGCUUUAACUGGGAAUCUAAUAAAUCUGGAAGAUGGUAUAUGGAACUCAAAGAAAAAGCUUUAGAAAUAUCUUCCCUUGGAUUUACUGUGAUUUGGUUGCCCCCACCAACAGAAUCUGUGUCACCUGAAGGAUACAUGCCAAAGGAUUUAUAUAAUUUGAAUUCCAGAUAUGGAAAUAUCGAUGAGCUUAAGGAUCUUGUGAGGAGUCUACAUGAAGUGGGUCUUAAAAUUCUUGGAGAUGCUGUCUUGAACCAUCGUUGUGCACACUAUCAGAAUCAAAAUGGUGUAUGGAAUAUAUUUGGUGGUCGCUUAAAUUGGGAUGAUCGCGCCAUUGUUGCAGAUGAUCCACAUUUCCAGGGUAGGGGCAACAAGAGUAGCGGAGAUAGUUUUCAUGCUGCCCCCAAUAUUGAUCAUUCUCAAGAAUUUGUGAGGAAGGAUCUCAAAGAAUGGUUAUGCUGGCUAAGGGAUGAAAUCGGAUAUGAUGGAUGGAGGCUUGAUUUUGUCAGAGGAUUUUGGGGUGGUUACGUCAAGGACUACAUAGAUGCAACUGAACCAUAUUUUGCUGUCGGAGAGUACUGGGAUUCUCUCAGUUACACAUAUGGUGAAAUGGAUCAUAAUCAAGAUGCACAUCGGCAGAGAAUUAUUGACUGGAUCAAUGCUACUAAUGGAGCUGCUGGAGCAUUCGAUGUCACCACUAAAGGGAUUCUUCAUUCAGCACUGGAAAGGUGCGAGUAUUGGCGGUUAUCAGAUCAGAAAGGAAAGCCUCCAGGAGUUGUGGGAUGGUGGCCAUCUCGUGCUGUCACCUUCAUAGAGAAUCAUGAUACUGGUUCUACUCAGGGCCAUUGGAGAUUUCCUUAUGGGAAGGAAAUGCAAGGAUACGCUUACAUUUUGACUCAUCCAGGAACACCUGCAGUUUUCUAUGACCACAUUUUCUCUCAUUAUCAGUCUGAAAUUGCAUCUCUAAUAUCUCUUAGAAACCGGAAAAAGGUCCAGUGCCGGAGUACUGUUGAAAUUACCAAGGCAGAAAGGGAUGUGUAUGCAGCCAUAGUUGAUGAGAAAGUGGCGAUGAAAAUUGGACCAGGUCAUUAUGAGCCCCCAAGUGAAUCUCAAAGAUGGGUUUUGGCUGUGGAGGGAAAAGAUUACAAGGUCUGGGAAGCAUCUUAAUGUUAUUAUUUACGUAGCAGAAGUGCAUAAAUUUAAAGCAUCCACAGUGUAAGUACUCCACAAUUCUAUUUAUCAAGCAAGUGGAAGAACUUCGAAACAGGAUGGUCUACUCGUCGGAAACAGUUUUCUGGACCUGACAUCCGAUCCGGUGGUUAAGCGCGAGUAUUUUGACUGAAGAGGCCACGUUGCACUCUACAUAUAUGGUAAUUUUGUAAUAUUUAUACAUGUUGAAAAGUUUUACGUUGUUGUAACAUUUUCAAAAUAAAGCUGCUUGAAUUGUACUUGCUUAAUUCCUGCAGAAUUGUAUGAUAAUAAUCAUUCAUGUUGUGUAUUGGAUACAUUAUAUUAUUGAAAUAAUCAUGAUCUGAUCAAUCGGUAUCGGAUAUAUGCAAGUUUAGAUUUUAAUUUUA